CCACGCCAGUCAGUACCUGGGGAAAAAAACAAAACAUUUUGAAGCUUAGUACUUCCCACUUGCAUUCCUCUGUCCCUCCCUUUUUCGUCACCUUUAUCUUAUUAUCUUUGGUGCCUCCCAAAAUAUUACGUCACCUGAUAGAGACAAUUUGUGGCAUCAAACCAGCCCUGUAGUAAUAUAAAUACAAACUAGAAAUACAUUGGCAUGACAUUAUACACGGGAACAGUUCAAUUGUAAGCUUGAAAUGGUUAGCAGAACUAGAAGGAAAAUUAGAUUUUAGAGUAGAUAUAAGCUAGAUAUUGUGAUUGUUAAUUGUCAUUAACCAAGACCUUCCUCAAUUGAUAUUUGGAGAAAUUACAUAAAUAGGUGACUGCCAUUGAAGUGUUUGCUGUAGGUAAGUAAUAACCUUUACUCUAUAAUUGAAUAUAUAAACGGAAAAUACUUGAUCAAUAUUUUUUUAAUAAAUUGCACACAGCACAAUCUUUUUUUAAAUAUCACAUACAAAUAUAACAAGGUAAAAUGGUCUUACAAGAAAACAUUAAAAUCCAAAAUUGAUAAUGUAAAAGCAACAACAUUGAAACAAUGAAGAUUAUGGUUAUUAUGUACACGUUAUAUGUAAACAUCCAUACACUUUUGCUGAACUACUAAACUGUCACAGAAUAUGUAUAGGAAUAUGUAGUUCAUUGCUGGCAGACCAUUUGAAAACUUUAAAUUUAUAUGAUUUACAGUGCCUUCAGAAAGUAUUCAUACCUCUUGACUUAUUCCACAUUGUAUUGUGUUACAGCCUGGUCUUAAUGAUGAAAUGCCCAUGCAUGUUAUGUAAAUGUGAACAUGAGUUAACGCCGCCACUUCAGAUCACUCUGACGGUUUUUCUUGUAUAGUACCCAAUGAUUUAUGACAACUUUAUUGAUAGGUCGAUGUCCUCAUUGAUGUUUUACGGUCUUGUUUAAUACGUUUUAUGUACACACUUUAUUAGAAUUAUUAGAAUACUUAUGAAAUGCACAUUUUUAUAUUAUAGGGGUGGCAGGUAGCCUUGUGGUUAGAGUAUUGAGCCAGUAACCGAAUGGUUGCUAGAUCGAAUCACAGAGCUGACAAGGUAAAAAUCUGUUGUUGUGCCCCUGAACAAGGCAGUUAACCCAAUGUUCCUAGGCUGUCAUUGUAAGUAAGAAUUUGUUCUUAAUGGACUUGCCUAGUUAAAUGAAGGUUAAAUAAAAAAUAUAAACAUUUGUAACAUAUGCUUGUUUUCCUUAUACUCCAGGAUUUUGUGAGUGUUUUUAAUUUGCACCCUUAUGUUGACAUUGCUCCAGUCACAUACGUUCAAUGUGUUUCAUGCUUGAGGCCUAAAUGUGAAUUUAAUAGAGCAGUGAUAUUAGCAAGAGCAGUGUGCAGGUUUCUUAUUUUUUCUCAUCUUUUUAAGAAUGUAGAAAAUGGAUUGGUCAACUUUUGAAAGCCAAGUUUAAAUACUUAUGUUUAUUAAGCAGCAAAAUGCGUAUUUCUCUUGAAAAAUUGUAACGCUAAUGUGGAUUUGACUAUUUCAUGUUUUAUAUUUGAAAAAAAUGCAUCUUUUGAUGAACUACACCGAUUACUUUCACAGAAUAUGUGUGAAUUCCUGGUCGCUCGCAGACCGUUUGCAAAUUUGAAAUGCCCUUUCCUCUGCAAUGAAGUAACAUGAUUGGUGGGAUGCGGUAAUAGGCUGAUUUCUGAUGGGGAAAAAUGCAACGCUAAUCUGGAUUUUACUGUGUAAUUUCACUAAAGUGUAUAAAUCCAUGUUAUAGUGGUUAUAGUGACCAUUGUGAAAUUAUUCACAGCCUUGCAAAGUUUUCACAUUUUGUUUCCUUGUUUUUUACAUUAUUCUUCACAAGCUAAUUUUGUUCACAGCGAUGUCUUGAAUGAAUAAUUAUUCACAGCUCUUGAUCUGGCACACCUAAAUGAGUUGCAUAAAUGUGCUUAACAAGUUACAGAUUAAGUUGAAAAGUGUCCACCGCUGAACAUGAAUAGUGGCUUAUGACCUGUCAAUAAAAUGUAUAUUUUCCUUUCUAUUCAGAAAACAACUGCAUCAACUGAGUCCAAAAUGAAGACACAGAAACUGACAGCUACUUUAUUUACCAUGGGUAUGUAGUACACUGAAUUUCAUUCUGUGUUCAUGUUUCUAACUCAUUUUUUACUAUUUGCUAACUUCAUGCCAACUCGUGUAUUAAUCCUGAAUUAAAAUAUUAACAACCAAAAAGGCAAGAUGGUGACAAAAUAGACCAUAUACAUUUGGAUAAUGUAAUUACAAUAAUGAGCAAUGAUGUACGUGUUGUAUGCAUAUGAUGUUACAAUGCUUAUGAUUUUUUCUAAAUAUGUUUAUUUUGACAUUUCAUGGAGGCAGUUUUACAUUUUGCCAAGGCUACUUUACUGUCAAAUGUCUCCCCUCGAUUAAAUACGUUUCCAAAAUAUAAAAAAGGAAAAUGACUCAAUUGUAAGCAUUAAACAUUAUCACACUGCUGUAACCUCUAUUACUUGAAUUAUAUUACCACACUACUGUAAUGAAAAAUGUACCCUCUUUUCAACAACAACAAAAAUAGAACUCAGGUGUGGUAAUCUCAAUUAGGCAUUAUAGGUAAUAUUAUUAACGAUCAAGGGAAUAAUAUGUAGCUAUAAAUUAUAAUUGUAUAUAUUACAUAAUAAAUAUGUCAAAAACUGCACCAUGCUGAUGAAGGGAAAUCUUGGAAAUGUUGAUAUUGUGCGCAAUAAACAUAUUAACCAUUAAUCUCAUAAACCACAGUGUUUUUAUGCUGGAAUAUCCAUGGAGUUCUGACCACAACUGCAGCUCCUACGACAACUGCAGCUCCUACGACACCUGAAGCUCCUACGACAACUGCAGCUCCUACGACAACUGCAGCUCCUACGACAACUGCAGCUCCUACGACAACUGCAGCUCCUACGACAACUGCAGCUCCUACAACAACUGCAGCUCCUACGACAACUGCAGCUCCUACGACGACUGCAGCUCCGACGACGACUGCAGCUACGACGACGACUGCAGCUCCUACGACGACUGCAGCUCCUACGACGACUGCAGCUCCUACGACGACUGCAGCUCCUACGACAACUGCAGCUCCUAUGACAACAAGUGUAGCUCCUAUGACAAUAACUGUAGCUCCUACUACAACAACUGUAGCUACUUCGACAACAACUGAAGCUUCAACAACAACCAAUGCAGCUCUUCCUACAACUGUAAGUCCUACGACCACUACACCAGCUGCACCAACUGCAACAACCACAACUACAGCACCUUCUACGACAGCAACUGCAGCUCCGACAACCACAACUGCAGCUCCAACUACAACAAUUGUAGCUCCUAUGACCCCCACAACUGAUGCUUCUACGACAACAUCUGAAGCGCCUAUGACCACUACAACUGCAGCACCUACUUCAACAACAACAACUAUAGCUCCUACGACCACCACAACUGAAGCUCCAACUACAACUGUAGCUCCUAUGACCACCACAACUGCAGCACCUACUACGACAACUGCAACACCUACUACGAUAACCACAGCACCUACUACGACAACCACAACUGUACCUCCUUCGACAACCACAACUACAACAACUGUAGCUCCUAUGACCCCCACAACUGCAGCACCGACAACUACAACUGAAGCUCCUACGAUAACCACAACUGCGGCACUUACUACGACAACUGUAGCUCCUACGACCACCACAACUGCAGCACUUACUACAACAACUACAACACCUACUACGACAACUACAACCGAAGCUGCUACGACAACCACAACACCUACGACGACAACCACAACUGCAGCUCCAACUACAACAACUGUAGCUCCUACGACCACCACAACUGCAGCACCUACUACAACAACUACAACACCUACUACGACAACCACAACACCUACUACGGCAACCACAACAACUACUACGGCAACCACAACACCUACUACGACAACCACAACUGUACCUCCUAUGACAACCACAGCUCCAACUACAACAACUGUAGCUCCUACGACCCCCACAACUGCAGCACCUACAACGACAACUGUAGCUCCUACGACCACAACUGCAGCACCUACUUCAACAACUACAACUGCAGCACCUACUACGACAACUACAACUGAAACUGCUACAACAACCACGACUUCAGCACCUACUACGACAACUACAACACCUACUACGACAACCACAACACCUACUAUGACAACCACACCUGUAGCUCCUACGACAACCACAACUGCAGCUCCAACUACAACAACUGUAGCUCCUACGACCACCACAACUGCAGCACUUACUACAACUACAACCGAAGCUGCUACGACAACCACGACUUCAGCGCCUACUACGACAACCACAACACCUACUACGGCAACCACAACAACUACUACGGCAACCACAACACCUACUAAGACAACCACAACUAACUGCAGCACCUACUACGACAACUACAACCGAAACUGCUACAACAACCACGACUUCAGCACCUACUACGACAACCACAACACCUACUAUGACAACCACACCUGUAGCUCCUACGACAACCACAACUGCAGCUCCAACUACAACAACUGUAGAUCCUACGACCACCACAACUGCAGCACUUACUACGACAACCACAACUUCAGCGCCUACCACGACAACCACAACACUUACGACGACAACCACAACUGCAGCUCCAACUACAACAACUGUAGCUUCUACGACCACCACAACUCUCCAACUACAACAUCUGUAGCUCCUACGACCACCACAACUGCAGCACUUACUACGACAACUACAACCGAAGCUGCUACGACAACCACGACUUCAGCCACCUACAACGACAACUAUAGCUCCUACGACCACAACUGCAGCACAUACUUCAACAACUACAACUGCAGCGCCUACUACGACAACUACAACACGUACAUUACCUACUACGACAACCACAACACCUACUACGACGACCACAACUGUACCUCCUACGACUACAACAACUGCAGCUCCAACUACAACAUCUGUAGCACCUACUUCAACAACUACAACUGCAGCACCUACUACGACCGAAGCUCCUACGACCACCACAACUGCAGCACCUACUACAACAACUACAACACCUACUAA